GAGGGUAUCCGGCAUUUUUUCGCUCAAGGUUCGAAGUCAUUCAAUAACAGGUUACCAGACACCGCCAUGACUCGGAGCUCAAACACCCUUACGAGUCAGGGCAUUCGAAGCUUGAAGAUCCUGACGGUGGCGUCCCCCCUGCAUCUUGAGAUCUCGCACUCUGUUGAAGUAGAUCGUUGCUGUUUGGCUGUGAUUCUGCCAGUGAGUGGACUAUAUAAAGUUCGUACACAUCAUAUUGAUUGAACAAUUCACCUCCGAGUCAGAGUUCAUUAGCAUUGACGACAGUCUCUCAAUUACAUUGUCUCGAUGUCACCUUUCUCAAUAUCGUCGCCCAAUGUCCUGAGCGAUGCAUUUCGUACCACCUUGCACCUCGGCUCCAACCGCAACACCGUGACUACAUCCAGUGACGGGUCUGUGGAUCAUUCGGGCCUUCAGGUUGACUCAUCCUCCGGUGUAACCGAGCCGCCAGCACCAGAUUCAAAUGGGACCAGAGUCCAGAGCCCAGCUGCGGUGACUUUACCGCCAUACACAGGCUCCUACCAGCAGCCGCUUAGCGAUGAGGCCAGGAUCAAGAAACAACAGGAGCUUUUCGACAGCGUCAUCGACGGACAGCUCGGUACCAUCCCUGUUCGCCUUAUUGACACAUUGUCGGGCAAGUUGUGCAGCACGGGAGAGCUCUACGCUCGGUUUAAGGAGUCUCGCAAUUAUAAGGAAGUUCAAACGAAGAUUAUUAGGGCCAAUGAGAAGGAGAUGAAGGUGGCUGUUGAUGCCUUCUUCGAAUAUGCUAUGCUCUCCCAUCGUUGGAGUACUACCGUUGAGGACGAGCCUACGUAUGACCACAUUAAGGGCGAAGAGAGCAUCUACGACCUGAAAACACCACCGGGAAUCGAAAAGUUGCAGCAGUUUUGCAAGGUUGCCAGGGAGAACCAUUUCCGAUGGGCUUGGAGCGACACGUGUUGUAUCGACAAGACCAACAACGUCGAGCUCCAGGAGUCUAUCAUCUCCAUGUUCUCGUGGUAUCGGUUGUCGUCUGUCACCAUCACCUACCUUUCAGACGUUACCGACGAAGAGAGCUUCAGAAAUAGUGUAUGGUUCACUCGCGGAUGGACGCUACAAGAGCUUAUUGCACCUGGGCUCGUCUGGUUCUAUAAGAAGGACUGGACGCCAUAUAUUGACAGCAAGCAGAACCACAAGAAUGACCCUCACGUUGUCAAGAUUAUAUCUGAGGUCACGUCUAUUGAUGCGACUGACCUCAACAAGUUUGUGCCAGGGUUGCAUGUUGGCUCUGACGAAGUCAAAAAGAGGAUGAGCUGGCUCGCCUCUAGGAAGACGGCCAAGAUUGAGGAUAUGGCGUACUGCAUGAUGGGUAGGUUGCCACCUUUUGGUUAAAGCAAUCGCCUCAAGGCUUCCGAUUUACAGGUAUUUUUGGCGUCCACAUGCCGGUUAUGUACGGGGAGAGAAAGAAUGCUUUUGUUCGCCUUCAAAAGGAGGUGAUGAACCUUACAGAUGACCUGUCGCUGUUUGACUGGGUCGGAGAGCCCUCAGAGCUUCAUUCAUACUUUGCAUCGCACCCCAGCUGUUUUGCCAACCAUCCAGCUGGACCCAGGAGGACCUUGUCGAAACUCUCUCGCCCUCAGCUGUUUCAGGCCUCCAAGGCCUUUGCCAGCGCUGUUGGUUCCACUGCCGUGAUGAAUAUCAAGAAGCUUCUUCUUGAUCCUCCUCACGGUCA